AUGAAUCCGAGUUAUUUCAAAACGGACGCGGCAAAGGCUCAUAAGCAAGUUUUAGCCGAGGAUUCAGAAAAAUUGGCACAGCACAAGAUUCAAGACACAGCCAAGCGCUUUAGCUUUUUGCUAGGACAUUCAGAGCUGUUUUCGCAUUUCAUCGACUUGAAGAAAUCCAACGACGAAGAAUUCAGAACCUUGGUCGAGAAUACCGAAAGAUAUACUAAAGCAAAUCCGAACAUUAUUGGAUCUCUAAGACAUCGAAAAACCGAACAAGAAGAGGACGAGGAACUAUUGAAAGAUGAAGAAGAUGAUUCUGGUGGUAUUCCCACAGUUUUCAAUGAAUCUCCUAGCUUUAUUCAUAAUGGAGUAAUGCGUGAUUAUCAACUCCAAGGACUGAAUUGGAUGAUCUCUCUAUUCGACAAUGGCAUAAAUGGCAUCUUGGCAGAUGAAAUG